AUGGUCGUGAUCUAUUCUCUCUCGUCUGUCGACACCUUGGCCUCUUCGAACGCGACUUUUUUGCCUUGUCUUUUCCUUAUCGUUCGUCAAUUCGCUGGAAUAGGCCUCAUGCGAACACUUCUUCACUUUCACGCGUUAUUCCUAGAGCGAUUCAGUGUCUUCGAGCGCACUCUUCCGUUUGCAAUUUUGGGUCUGCGAACUCUACUUUACUUGACUGUGAAAGUUAUUGCCCUGCUUCCUACAAUGAAUUGA